AUGGCAAACUGCACCAAGCAAGUUCCUCUUCCUCUUUCGGUGGAGACUUUGAUAGAGGAGAUAUGCAAAAAGCAUAACCAACCUCCUCUUGAUCCCACUUUGAGGCUAAAGCUCGCUCUCAUUGGGGAGCAACGUGCUCUUGAAAUUCUCAAGCAAAUCAGAAAGACUGGAAUCGAAACCUCUUUCAGUGGUUUCAUUAAAUUCAUGAUCGAUAAUUCACCUUCUUCUUCUUCCUUUAAACCCUAUAAAGAACAAGUUCCUCUUCCAACUAAAGUGGAGAGUUUAAUAGAGCAGAUAUGCAAUGAGCAGAAGAAGCCACCAUUGGAUUCCGUUGUGAGAAGGAAGCUCGCUGCCAUUGGAGAGAAACAAGCUCUUGAUAUUCUCAACUGCAUUAAAGAAAGGGAAAUCCAAAAGUCUUUUGGUGGUUUCGUUCUAUACAUGAUAAAGGAGUUAUCUUCAUCAUCAUCUCCUUCUCCAACACAAUAUGCUUCUACUCUUUCGGCCACCAAUGAUACUGAAGAUUCUGAUGUUACACUUAGUUUGAGCACACACCAAGGAUGCACAAGGGGCCAAAUUAUAGUGAAGGACGACGAGAAGGAUGUUAUCUUGAGUUUGGAAGCCUUGGUCAUAAGUAAGCCCAAGGCAAAUAGAAACUAAGAGGGAGGCUGAAUGAUUAUAUUCAAAUUGCUUCUUGGAACUGUUAUGGAUAUAGUGGAUCUCAGAGGCAAUGAAAAAAUCAUCAGCAAAACAUGAUCAACAUAUAUUUGAAUUAUCUGAUCUUUCAGUUUUUUUCCCCUUCAUGUGUGUGUGAUGUCUUUUUAAGUUGUGUUUUAAUUACAUUAUCGAUCAAUGUAGUUUUCA